UUAUGAUAAAGUAGGAUACAAAGAACAAAAGGAUCACAAUUCAAUGUUAUUGUGGGACACUGCGGGCAUUUAAUAACAAUAUUAGUAUUGAUAUUCAUUAAUAAUUUAAUCGUUUGUAAACUAAUCAAUUUAAAAAAAUGCAACUAGCACACGAUGAAUGGCAAGUUUUAAAGAAAUAAAUAAAUAAAUCUGCACAGUCUCAUAUCUGUGAAUUCUGCCCCCCUCAGUGCCCAGUGCCUGCCCUGUGCCUGUAAUCCUGAGGGUCAUGUCCUCCCGCAAAGAAGCGGACUCCAUGAGCCCGGUGAGGAGGGCACUUCAGCCUGAGCCAGUCCUGGCAGAGGAGUCCAGCCACUGGGUCCACUACCACAAGCCCAUCAUCAUCAUGGUAAUCGGGGGGCUGCUCUUCGCUGCCGGCACAGUCAUAGCCUUCCUCUACUUCUCACGGGUGGGAAGGGUGCCGUACGCGCUGGGCCCCGUGUGCCUGUCCAUCGGACUCAUGUUCCUGGUCACCGGGCUGGUCUGGGUGCCUGUCAUCAAGCAGAAAAUCCGGCAAAAGGGACCCAUUAGGGAGAUGUAUUUCAGGAGAUCACCCACUUAGUCACAAUAUGGAAGACGCUGAAAUAAGCUGUUUCCA